AGACAAAUAUGGGAAAUCCCAGGUGUUGUGGUAUAAAAACAUGCAUCAAAAUGCGCAACUCUAGUAGCCAACAAAAUGGCUACCACGAAUGACUCGAAGGCGCUUGUGCGCCAAGUAAAAAGAGUACAAUUUGGUAUAUUAUCUCCAGAUGAAAUCCGACGGAUGUCAGUCACAGAAGGGGGAAUUCGUUUCCCCGAAACUAUGGAGGGUGGCAGACCCAAGCUUGGCGGACUUAUGGAUCCGCGACAAGGGGUGAUUGACAGAGCAUCCAGAUGUCAAACUUGUGCUGGAAACAUGACUGAGUGUCCUGGACACUUUGGACACAUUGACUUAGCAAAACCAGUAUUCCACAUUGGUUUUAUAACAAAAACAAUAAAGAUACUCAGAUGUGUCUGUUUCUACUGUUCAAAGCUGCUCGUCAGCCCAACUAACCCAAAGAUAAAAGAAGUUGUGAUGAAAUCAAAAGGACAGCCUCGUAAGAGAUUGACCUAUGUAUAUGACUUAUGUAAAGGCAAGAAUAUUUGUGAGGGUGGUGAGGAUAUGGAUAUAGGUAAAGAAGGAGAAGAAGGCAAAAGAGGCUCAGGGCAUGGAGGUUGUGGUCACUACCAGCCAUCCAUCAGAAGACAAGGUCUUGAUCUGACAGCUGAGUGGAAACAUGCCAAUGAAGACACUCAGGAAAAGAAAAUAAUAAUCACUGCAGAAAGAGUUUGGGAAAUCCUCAAACAUAUCACAGAUGAAGAGUCCUUUAUACUGGGUAUGGAUCCUAAAUUCGCGAGACCUGACUGGAUGAUAGUGACAGUUCUGCCAGUACCACCACUGUCUGUGAGACCAGCUGUAGUGAUGUUUGGCUCAGCCAAGAACCAGGAUGACUUGACACACAAACUUGCUGACAUAAUCAAAGCAAACAAUGAGCUGAUGAGGAAUGAGCAGUCUGGUGCAGCAGCUCACGUGCUUGCCGAAAACAUAAGACUGCUGCAGUUUCAUGUAGCCACAUUUGUAGAUAAUGAUAUGCCUGGAAUGCCUAAAGCUAUGCAGAAAUCCGGAAAACCUCUCAAAGCUAUAAAGGCACGUCUAAAAGGAAAAGAAGGGAGAAUUCGAGGAAAUCUCAUGGGAAAACGAGUCGAUUUCUCAGCGCGUACUGUCAUCACGCCUGAUCCGAACUUGCGUAUUGACCAAGUAGGAGUACCUAGAUCUAUCGCACAAAACUUGACAUUCCCUGAACUUGUUACACCUUUCAAUAUUGACAGAAUGCAGGAACUUGUACGCAGGGGCAAUGCACAGUAUCCUGGCGCUAAAUAUAUUGUUCGCGAUAAUGGAGAAAGAAUAGAUUUAAGAUUUCACCCAAAGCCAUCAGAUUUGCAUUUACAACAUGGUUACAAAGUUGAACGUCACUUGAGGGAUGACGAUCUUGUUAUUUUCAACCGACAACCAACACUUCACAAGAUGAGUAUGAUGGGUCACAGAGUGAAAGUAUUGCCAUGGUCGACAUUCCGUAUGAAUUUAAGUUGCACCUCUCCCUAUAACGCCGAUUUCGACGGUGACGAAAUGAAUCUUCAUGUACCACAAUCAAUGGAAACAAGGGCCGAGGUUGAAAAUAUCCACAUAACGCCAAGGCAAAUUAUUACUCCCCAAGCAAAUAAACCCGUCAUGGGUAUUGUGCAGGACACAUUGACUGCUGUAAGGAAAAUGACUAAGCGUGACGUGUUCCUCACGAAAGAACAAGUAAUGAAUCUUCUAAUGUUCUUACCUACAUGGGAUGGUAAAAUCCCUCAGCCUUGCAUUUUGAAACCACAACCAUUGUGGACUGGUAAACAAAUUUUCACUCUGAUUAUUCCGGGUCCCGUAAACAUGAUUCGAACUCAUUCCACACAUCCUGAUGAAGAAGACGACGGUCCAUAUAAGUGGAUCUCUCCCGGAGACACAAAGGUUGUUGUAGAACAUGGUGAAUUGCUUAUGGGCAUCUUGUGUAAAAAGUCACUUGGUGCUUCAGCAGGUUCCUUGCUACAUAUUUGCAUGUUGGAACUGGGUCAUGAGACGGCAGGUCGCUUCUACGGUAACAUUCAAACUGUAAUCAACAACUGGCUAUUGCUAGAAGGUCACUCUAUCGGUAUCGGCGACACAAUUGCCGAUCCUCAGACUUAUCAAGAAAUUCAGCGCGCCAUCGUGAAAGCCAAAGAGGAUGUCAUAGAAGUCAUUCAAAAAGCUCACAACAUGGAGCUGGAACCUACUCCUGGUAACACUCUCAGACAGACAUUCGAAAAUCAAGUGAAUCGUAUUCUAAACGACGCUCGUGACAAAACUGGUGGAUCAGCUAAGAAAUCUCUCACUGAGUACAAUAACCUAAAGGCUAUGGUGGUAGCUGGUUCUAAGGGUUCCAACAUUAAUAUUUCCCAGGUUAUUGCUUGUGUAGGGCAACAGAACGUUGAAGGUAAACGUAUUCCAUUUGGAUUCCGUAAAAGAACAUUGCCGCAUUUCAUCAAAGACGAUUACGGUCCUGAGUCUAGAGGUUUCGUAGAAAACUCGUAUCUUGCCGGUCUUACUCCAUCUGAAUUCUAUUUCCACGCUAUGGGAGGUCGUGAAGGUCUUAUUGAUACUGCCGUUAAGACCGCUGAGACUGGAUACAUCCAGCGUCGUCUGAUAAAGGCUAUGGAGUCUGUAAUGGUUCACUACGACGGUACUGUCCGUAAUUCUGUGGGACAAUUGAUUCAGUUGAGAUAUGGUGAAGAUGGUCUGGCUGGAGAAACAGUAGAGUUCCAGAACUUGCCUACUGUCAAGUUAUCUAACAAGGCAUUUGAAAAGAAAUUCAAAUUUGAUCCCUCAAAUGAAAGGUAUUUGAAGAGGAUCUUCAGUGAGGACAUAAUAAAGGAGUUGACAGAAUCUGGUUAUGUCAUUAGUGAUCUUGAGAGUGAAUGGGAACAACUUUGCAAGGACAGAGAAGUGUUGCGGCAAAUUUUCCCAAGCGGUGAAUCUAAAGUUGUAUUGCCUUGCAAUUUCAAGAGAAUGAUUUGGAAUGCACAAAAGACUUUCCAUAUAAACAAAAGAAUGCCUACAGAUCUGAGUCCCAUUAAGGUUAUUUCAGGUGUUAAAGAUCUACUGAAAAAGUGCGUUAUUGUAGCGGGUGAGGAUCGGCUGUCGAAGCAAGCUAAUGAAAACGCUACUUUACUAUUCCAAUGUUUGGUGCGCUCUACGCUUUGCACCAAGUUUGUAUCUGAAGAAUACAGACUGUCAACAGUUGCUUUUGAGUGGUUGAUUGGAGAAAUCGAAACCCGAUUCCAGCAAGCCCAGGUGAAUCCCGGCGAGAUGGUGGGCGCCCUGGCCGCCCAGUCUCUGGGUGAACCCGCCACGCAGAUGACACUGAACACUUUCCAUUUCGCCGGUGUGUCGUCCAAAAACGUAACUCUCGGUGUGCCACGUCUUAAGGAAAUUAUCAACAUCUCUAAGAAACCUAAAGCUCCAUCUCUAACGGUGUUCUUGACUGGAGGAGCUGCUAGAGAUGCCGAGAAGGCUAAGAACGUGUUAUGUAGACUGGAACACACUACAUUGCGUAAGGUGACUGCGAACACGGCUAUUUACUACGACCCUGACCCGCAAAACACUGUUAUUGCUGAAGAUCAAGAAUUCGUUAAUGUUUACUAUGAAAUGCCUGACUUUGACCCAACAAAGAUUUCUCCGUGGCUGCUGCGUAUUGAAUUAGAUCGCAAGAGGAUGACGGACAAAAAACUGACUAUGGAACAGAUUGCUGAAAAGAUAAAUGCUGGUUUUGGAGACGACUUGAAUUGUAUUUUCAACGACGACAACGCUGAGAAGCUUGUUCUUCGUAUUAGGAUUAUGAAUAAUGAAGAAAGUAAAUUCCAAGACAAUGAUGAAGAAACAGUUGACAAAAUGGAAGAUGACAUGUUCUUGAGAUGUAUUGAAGCUAACAUGUUAUCAGACAUGACACUACAGGGUAUUGAGGCUAUAGCCAAGGUGUACAUGCAUUUACCACAGACUGAAGCUAAGAAACGUAUCAUAAUCACGGAACAAGGAGAAUUUAAGGCUAUUGCUGAAUGGUUAUUGGAAACUGAUGGUACUUCGCUAAUGAAAGUACUUUCUGAAAGAGAUGUCGAUCCUAUCAGGACAUUCAGUAACGACAUUUGUGAAAUAUUCCAAGUACUGGGUAUCGAGGCUGUGCGUAAGUCAGUCGAGAAGGAAAUGAAUGCUGUGUUGCAGUUCUACGGUCUAUACGUGAACUACCGUCAUCUUGCUUUGCUUUGUGACGUCAUGACGGCCAAAGGUCAUCUCAUGGCUAUUACUCGUCACGGUAUCAACAGACAAGACACUGGUGCGCUGAUGAGAUGCUCAUUCGAAGAAACAGUCGACGUGUUGCUGGAUGCAGCCAGUCACGCUGAAGUAGAUCCAAUGAGAGGCGUCUCCGAAAAUAUUAUUAUGGGCCAACUGCCUAGAAUGGGAACUGGUUGUUUCGAUUUGCUACUUGACGCGGAAAAAUGUAAACUGGGUAUGGAGAUGGGAGGUCUCGGUGUGGGAGGAGUCGGCGGCGGCAUGUACUUCGGAGUCGGCACUCCAUCCAUGACACCCUUGAUGACUCCAUGGUCGACACAGAACACUCCUGGAUAUGGCAGCAGUGCAUGGUCUCCAGGCCAAGUGGGAAGCAGCAUGACGCCAGGCGGCCCAUCAUUCUCGCCAUCCGGCGCGUCGGACGCUUCGGGUCUGUCUCCGGCGUACAGCGCGUGGUCGCCGCAGCCCGGCUCGCCGGGGUCGCCGGGGCCGCCGCUGUCGCCCUACACGUCGCCGGCCGGCGCCUCGCCCUCCUACUCGCCCACCAGCCCCGUGUACGCGCCCGCCUCGCCCAGCCUCACGCCCACGUCGCCGCACUACUCGCCGACCAGCCCCUCGUAUUCGCCGACUUCACCGAACUAUUCGCCGACCUCGCCGAUAUAUUCUCCAACAUCGCCGAGCUACUCCCCUACAUCGCCUGGCUAUUCGCCCACGUCGCCCUCUUAUUCUCCCACAUCACCGAGCUACUCGCCUACUUCUCCAAGUUAUUCUCCGACGAGCCCUGCGUAUUCACCGACAUCGCCGAGCUAUUCGCCAACGUCUCCUAGCUACUCGCCAACGAGUCCGUCUUACUCUCCGACUAGUCCAUCGUACUCCCCUACCAGUCCCGCGUACUCCCCCACGUCGCCGGGCUAUUCGCCAUCUUCGCCGAGCUACUCUCCGACUAGCCCUGUUUACAGUCCCGCAUCACCAAGUUACUCCCCGUCUUCACCAAAUUAUACACCAACAUCUCCGGCUUAUUCUCCUACAAGUCCGUCAUACUCACCGACCUCACCAGCGUAUUCCCCGACUUCACCCAGUUAUUCACCAUCUUCGCCUAAAUAUUCACCAUCUCCCAACUAUUCUCCGACGUCACCGUCAGUCGCAGGCAGGAGUCCUACAUACUCUCCAACAAGUCCCCAAUACUCUCCCACAAGUCCGCAGUACUCCCCGACGAGCCCGGCAUAUUCUCCCUCGUCUCCACAACACCCAGGAAGCACACGUUACUCGCCAUCAUCACCGAAUUAUUCACCGUCUUCUCCAAAUUAUUCUCCAUCCUCGCCAGGAUACUCACCGUCUUCGACAAAGUAUUCACCGACGUCUCCGACGUACACCCCAACUUCCCCCAACUAUUCACCAUCAUCCCCCGCAUACUCUCCGACCGGUUCGGGAGGACCGACUACAUAUUCUCCAACAUCUCCUACAUAUUCUCCUACUUCACCUAAUUAUGACGACAGCGACGAUUAGUUUGAUAAGUAUGUUUUUUAAUUUCUAUUCUAUGUUCACAUCCAUUUUUAUUAAAAUAUAAUUUGUAAAUAUGAACUUCCCUAUUAAAACGGGGAAACAAAAAAGUAAAAAAAAACAUGUAUUUUAAGGUUAGUAUGUAAAAUAGUUACAUAAGUUUAUAUAUAUCAAGCAUAUAAUUUUUCAAGAUUAUAUUUUUCUGACAAUUUCAUAAAAGUUGGAAUCAACAUUCACAUUAUGAAAUGUGUAUUUUUGUUGUGGCACUUUAGUAUUUGUUGAUAAUAUGCCAUUACAAUGCGCUUGAUUAAAUUGACUGGAAAUUAGUAAAAUAGUCUCAUUUGAUGCAAAUUUAGUAUAAGUUCCGCCAAUAUGGUGAUUAUAGUAAUAUGUUAUUACAAAACUUUUUGUUAAGCAUUUUGUGGUGGAAAAAUAAACGUACAUUAUUUA